AUGAUAUUUAUUCUGUUUUUUUUGAGCAGGUCCUGGAGUGAGGAAUACCUUACAAUUGGUACCGAACUUAUCUUUCGCAAACUUGGAAAUAAAGGAAUAUCGAAACUACAAAAAGUUAUCGAUAUGACUGGAGAAAAGAUGGAGAGACCGUCUUUGGCAGGUUCAUGGCUUGCUUCAUUGCUUCAUGCACCAAGUAACACUAAUUGUUUUGAUCAUUGGCGUUACUCUCAGAAAAAUAUCAAUGCAAUUCCACAUCCUGAACAUCAUUGUAUAAAUAAAGAUGAUCUUGAAUGUACACUCGAUAAGUUGAACAAAACUAUUAUGAAAGGCACUUUAAAUGGGCCUUGGCCAUAUAAUUUUGGAUUUAAAGUGUUCUUAACCUUAUAUAUGGAUUCAUUUGAUCCUGUUCAUGUUACUGAAUACUUUGAUAACGAUACAUUCAUUGAUGGAGAUGAUAAUGGUAAAAAAUUCAAUAUUAAAUUCAAAGGCAAGAAUAUGAGCCUACAUGAUUUCUGGGAAACUGGAUGUGGAAGAUAUGUACUAAAAACGCCUUUUAAUGGUAAUGGAUGGAAGGAGAUUGAAGAAACUACAACAAGAUUAUAUAAAAGAUUGAAUGACAGUAAAUUUAUAACGCCAUGUCCUUCUGACUAUGCUGGUGCCAUUAAUCAAAGUUUUAAUUUAUCAAAGGAAAUUGUUUACAACCUCAGUAUGAUUCAGAAAGAUAAUGAUCUUCCUGAAGAAUAUAUUAAGACUUGUUAUGAACUUACAGAUCAGAGAAUACUUCAGGCAGCUAAUGUUGUUUCAUCGAAGUUGAAGUACUUCGUAGUUCCAGAUAUAGUGAAAAUCAAGUCAACUCCGAACAUCAGUUCAACUGAAAUAAUUGCAUGGGGAAUUUUCUUCCUUGUUGCACCAGUAACAGUUUAUCUUGGAUGGCGACUAUGCUAUGCGUUGAUUCAGCCGGAAGAUGAGGGUAGUAAAAAUGAACCACUUGAAAAGAACGAUUCAGAUGAUAAUAAUGAGCCGACCGUAUAA